AUGACGGAACAAAUGAAGUUUAUUGUGAAGGAAAUAAAUUGCACGUUAGGGAGGAACUACGAUUUAAUAAAAUUUGAUUCUUUAGAUGAAAAACAGUUGCUACAAUUGCUUGUGGACUUGUUGUUUUUCUUCAAAGCUGGCGAAAAGUUAGACGUGCGUGAAGAUGACUCUGAGGCCAUAUCGGUACGACUUUUGGAAAUGCUAGGAAAUAUAAAGUAUCGUCCGCCGACUAAUGUGGAGCCAUCACAAUUCAGAAAGCAGUUACUUGCGGGUGAUGCCAGAACAAUUCAUCAUGUCAUGCAUUGGAUAUUGACUAAUAAAGAACAAGUAAAGAAGACAGCUUACUUGGCAAAAUAUUUAAAAAUACCAGAAAUCCCACCAGAUGUAGUACGAAAUAAUACUAUUCAAGAUCUAUUGGAUUUAUAUCAGAAUCUGAUUGAUGAAUUUAAAGAUGUACAUAAGAAGACCCGACUUUUGGAGAAGGAGAAUGCGACUGAAAUAAUUAAUGAUAUUAAAGAAAUGGCAGUCGAAAGGGAUAUAGUGAUAAAAAGGUUAGAAAAUGUUCAAGUUAAUUUAAUCGAUGUGAACAAUAAAGAAGAUUUGUUAGGCGUAAGUAAAGCUCUGAGAUUGCAAGAAGAGAGAACGAAGGAGUUAGAAAAUCAGUUUGAGACGCAGCAAUCACAACUAAAAGCAGCAUCCGACCAACUAAAGAGAUACUUAAAUAUAAUACAUGGACAAAGUGCAACUCCAAAAUCAGUGAAGGAAGUCUUGAAGCGUUUGCAAGAAGAAAUACAGCUAAACAGUUAUCUGGUAAAGGAAAAGUUGCCACAGGAAAGCUCUCAGCUGCAGAAAGAACUAAACAUAAUGCAAAAUAUUGCCACCGAAUAUCAUCCAAGUCGCUCCGAUUUAAUUGUCGUACAAGAUAAGAUAACAGCAGUUAAUAGUGAAGUAGAACAAUUAGUUCAGCGACGUCUAGCAGCUGCAGGAUCUCAAGAUGAUAAACUUGCACCAUUUCGUCAACAAGCAGCUGUCAUUAGACGAAAUAAGGAGGCCAGUGCUGAGCGCGUUAAUGAGUUAGCAGUGGCUUUAAAAGAUCAUGAAGCUGCACUAGCAGACUUACAAUCUCAAGUUAAGCAGCUUCUUGGUGAUAUGGUCUUGAGAGGCGAGGAAUUGAAGAAGUAUGUUAGUGCGUUACGCACAAAGAGCACAUUAUACAAGAGGCAGAGGGCGAACUUGUCCACAUUCAAGGUUGAAGCAGGUAUCUUAUCAAGAACUUUACAUAUACUUAAUAUUGCUGACCCUACAAUUGAAAUGGCUUUGGUUAAUCAUAAAAAGAUGAAAAUAGACGAUGAUGAUUUAAUGGAAAAAGAUCAAAAUAAAUCUUCGGAGAUGGCAAAAAAAUCUUUACAUGACUUGUCUCAGAUGGUUGCCCAAACAGUUCAAAAGCUAUCACAAGUUCGACUGGAAAUUCAACCGCUUGCUGAUAAAAUCAAGCCAAUAAAAGAAGAGUAUCAGAGAGUACAACAACAAUACGAACAGAAAAAAAGAAUAUACGAAGCGACCUCUAUUAACAUUACGUCACAAAUGGAACCCUUAAAAAAUCAAGUCAAAGAGUUAACUGAUAAGUUAAAUAGUAAGGAAGACGAGUGGAAGAAUUUAAGACAAAAAAUUAUGAAAGCAGAAAGCUUACAAGAUGAUGUUAUGUCGGAGAUGAAAAACUCAAUGCAGUCCCCACGUAAACCGUCAAAAAUGGAAAGUUUGAAAAAGAAAGUAAACGAUUUAGAGGAAAUUGUCAAACAGUUAGAAGAAGAACAAAGUGCGAUCAGUUCUCGACAAGGAGCAGUAGAAGAGCAGACACGUUUGUGGGAUAAUACGUUGCAACUCUUGCGUUGUAAGAUUAAAACUCGCAGUGAACCGGCCACGCGUCAAGGCCGUAUGCAUAUUACUCAGCAUUCUCAAAUGCUUACUCUCACAUAA